AUGACGACCACUAUUCGGGAUGCGAAAACCAUAUUUCGCUUUCAUUUUAUAGGCUGGCGCAUAUUGGGCUUUUUGCCAACGGAAAAAUAUCGUCAGCUCUAUAUAGCCUAUGCUGUAAUCUUGAAUAUUAUGGUGACGAUUGCUUAUCCAAUACAUUUGAUAAUUGGUCUAAUCAUGAGUUCGACUUUAUAUGAUGCUAUAAAAAAUUUAGCUGUGGUGGUAACGGUAUUAUUGUGCAGCAUUAAAACCAUUAUUAUGUGGUUGAAAUUUCAGAAUAUAGAAGAUAUGUUGGAUAUAAUUAUGCGACAGAAUAAACGUAUUUCUUCGGAUAAAGAAGAGACUCGCUAUUUUAAUCAAAUGGUUUUAAGAGAUUCGAAUCGUAUAUUUAAAAUGUUUAUCAUGUUAUACACAACUGCUGGAGUGUUUGGUGAAUUGUCGGUCUUGGUAAAUGGUUUAUUGGGGAAUUGGAGUUUAAUGUUUCCCGCUUACUUUGUUUUCGAUCCAUAUGCUAACUCGACUUUAUACUUUGUGGCUCAUGUUUAUCAAUUUAUUGGUGCAUCAAUUAUUAUACUACAAGAUGUAAUUACUGAUUCCUUUGCCACCAUGAAUUUGGCAUUAUUAAGUAGUCAGUUGCAUACCUUAAGUAUGAGAGUCGCUAAAUUGGGUAGAGACCCAAAGAAAACAAAAAUGGUCAAUAAUCGGGAAUUAUUGGAUUGUAUACAGGAUCAUAAGGAUUUAUUGAAAUAUCGCCAAAAACUACAGAAUGUCAUCUCUUUCUAUAUGUUUGUUCAGAUACUUUUCACCAGCAUUAAUAUGUGUGCUACAGUGGUUUUUCUAAUACUUUUUACAACCGAUGUCUUUACCUUGAUCUAUUAUUUUGUUUAUUUUGCCUCAAAGGCAGCGGAAAUUAUGCCAUUGUGUUAUUAUGGCACUAUUAUUGAGAUCGAAUUUAAAAAUUUAACUUAUUCUCUAUUCACUUCUAACUGGUUGGAACAGGAUAAAGUAUUUAAGAAAAAUUUAAGGAUUUUUGCCGAAGUCACUAAGAAACCUUUGUAUAUCACCGCCUGGCUGUUUUAUCUCAAUCUGGAUUCGUUUAUAUUUGCGUGUAAAAACGCUUAUUCGAUUUUUGCUUUAAUAAUGAAUAUGAAGUAA